GAGUGGAGAGGGAAGGGGAGGGGACUGGGUGUAGCCUGGAUUUCUCUCUCCCUCGUGUUCUCUCCUGCGAGCGUCUCCCUGGUGCUACUGCUGUUGCCGUUGCUGUUGCUGUUGCUGCUGCUGCUGCUGCUGCUGCUGUUGCUGCUGCUGCUGCUGUCGCUGUCUCCAUCCCCCUUCGAUGGCAUUUGGGUUUGGUAAGUUAGAUCAUGAGGCGCCGGGAGGACUUCUCCAGGGCCCGACAGCGCUGAAGGGGAAGGAAGCAGCUGCAGCAGCAGCAGCAGCAGCAACCGCCCAACCCCGAACCCCUUUUGCUGGGAAGAGGUGGGGGGGAGGGGGAAGGAGAUAGAGGGUGGAGUAGGGGGUUCGGAGGCAGGAAGGGUGUGUGGGGGGAGGGUCGCAUUUCUUGCCUGACUGGGGGAGGGAGGGUGGGGGGAGGGAGGAGGGUCUGUUCCCUCCCGGCGGGGACUCUCCCGAGGUUUUGCUCGGGACUCCCCGAUGGUUGUGACCGGGCUCCGAGAGAGCUUCAGAUCUCACCCCCGCCGCUGCCACCGCCACCACCUCCACCGCCACAGCCACCGCCACAGCCACAACCACAGCCACAGCCGUGCGUGCGCCUUGUCCUCCUCCUGCGCUCCCUCUGCACUAGGAUGCUGCGGCAGGUUCUGCACAGAGGCUUGAGGACGUCUUUCUCCCGGCUCGGCCACUUCAUUGCCAGUCACCCCGUCUUCUUCGCCUCCGCCCCCGUGCUCAUCUCCAUCCUCCUGGGGGCCAGCUUCAGCCGCUACCAGAUAGAGGAGAACGUGGAACACCUGCUGGCGCCCAAGCACAGCCUGGCCAAGAUCGAGAGGAAUCUAGUCAACAGUCUCUUCCCGGUAAACCGCUCCAAGCACCGGCUCUAUUCGGACCUGCAGACUCCCGGGCGUUACGGCCGGGUUAUCAUCACCUCCUUCCAACAGGAGAACAUGCUGGACCAGCACCACACUGACCUGAUCUUAAAGUUGCACUCUGCUGUGACCAGGAUGCAAGUACAAAGACCUGGUUUUAAUUAUACAUUCGCUCAUAUAUGUAUCCUGAAUAAUGAUAAGACUUGCAUAGUGGAUGACAUAGUACACGUCCUGGAGGAAUUAAAGACUGCUCGUGCCACAAACCGGACCAAUUUUGCAAUCACAUAUCCAAUCACUCACUUAAAAGAUGGGAGGGAAGUGUAUAAUGGACACCAGCUGGGUGGUGUAACUGUGCACAGCAAAGAUCAGGUCAAAUCCGCACAAGCCGUCCAGCUCACCUAUUAUCUGCAAACAAUCAACUCUUUAAACGACAUGGUGGCAGAGAGGUGGGAGUCCAACUUUUGUGACACAGUCAAACUUUUCCAGAAGUCUAAUGGGAAAAUCAAAAUGUACCCUUACACAUCCUCGACACUGAGGGAAGACUUCCAGAAGACCAGUCGCGUAUCUGAACGUUACCUGAUCACAAGCCUGGUCCUAAUGGUCACUGUGGCUGUCCUCUGUUGCUCCAUGCAGGACUGUGUCCGCAGCAAGCCCUGGCUGGGCCUCCUUGGAUUGGUCACAGUAAGCCUGGCCACACUAACUGCAGCCGGGAUUAUUAAUCUGACUGGUGGGAAAUAUAAUUCCACCUUCCUGGGAGUCCCCUUCGUCAUGCUAGGUCAUGGAUUAUACGGGACUUUUGAAAUGUUAUCCUCCUGGAGGAAAACUAGAGAAGACCAACAUGUUAAAGAGAGAACUGCAGCUGUCUAUGCAGACUCCAUGCUCUCCUUUUCUCUCACCACUGCCAUGUACCUGGUCACCUUUGGAAUCGGUGCCAGCCCUUUCACUAACAUUGAAGCAGCCAGAAUUUUCUGCUGUAAUUCCUGUAUUGCAAUCUUCUUCAACUACCUCUAUGUACUCUCAUUUUAUGGUUCCAGCCUGGUGUUUACUGGCUACAUAGAAAACAAUUACCAGCAUAGUCUCUUCUGCAGAAAAGUCCCAAAGCCAGAGGUGUUGCAAGAGAAGCCUGCAUGGUACAGGUUUCUUCUGACGGCCAGAUUCAGUGAGGAUACGACGGACGCAGAGGAAGCAAACACGUAUGAAAGUCACCUAUUGGUAUGUUUCCUCAAACGCUAUUACUGUGACUGGAUAACCAACACUUAUGUUAAGCCUUUUGUAGUGCUCUUUUACCUUAUUUAUAUUUCCUUUGCCUUAAUGGGCUACCUGCAGGUCAGGGAAGGGUCAGACCUUAGUAACAUCGUAGCAACGGCGACAAGAACCAUUGAGUACACUACUGCCCAGCAAAAGUAUUUUAGUAACUACAGUCCAGUGAUUGGCUUUUAUAUCUAUGAGUCAAUAGAAUACUGGAAUACAAGUGUUCAAGAAGAUGUGCUGGAGUAUACCAAGGGGUUUGUGAGGAUAUCAUGGUUUGAAAGCUACUUGAAUUAUCUUAAGAAACUCAAUGUGUCUACUGGCUUGCCCAAGAAAAAUUUUACAGACAUGUUGAGAAACUCCUUCCUGAAAGCCCCCCAGUUCUCACAUUUUUCAGAGGACAUCAUCUUCUCCAAAAAGUACAACAAUGAGGUUGAUGUUGUGGCUUCCAGGAUGUUCCUGGUAGCCAAAACCAUGGAAACCAACAGAGAAGAGCUCUAUGAUCUCCUAGAGACCCUAAGAAGACUUUCUGUCACCUCCAAGGUGAAGUUCAUAGUGUUCAAUCCAUCCUUUGUGUUUAUGGAUCGAUAUUCUUCCUCUCUGGGAGCUCCCCUGCAGAACUCCUGCAUUAGUGCUUUAUUUCUGCUCUUCUUCUCUGCGUUCCUGGUGGCAGACUCCCUUAUUAACGUUUGGAUCACCCUAACGGUCGCCUCAGUUGAGUUUGGAGUGAUAGGUUUCAUGACAUUGUGGAAAGUAGAACUGGACUGCAUUUCUAUGCUGUGCUUAAUAUAUGGAAUUAACCACACAAUUGACAACUGUGCUCCACUAUUAUCAACAUUUGUCCUGGGCAAGGAUUUCACAAGAACUAAAUGGGUAAAAAAUGCCCUGGAAAUACAUGGGGUAGCUAUUUUACAGAGUUACCUCUGCUAUAUUGUUGGUCUGAUUCCUCUUGCAGCUGUGCCUUCAAAUCUGACCUGUACACUGUUCAGGUGCUUAUUUUUAAUAGCAUUUGUCACCUUCUUUCACUGCUUUGCCAUUUUACCUGUGAUACUGACUUUCCUACCACCCUCCAAGAAAAAAAGGAAAGAGAAGAAAAAUCCCGAAAAUCGGGAGGAAAUUGAGUGUGUCGAAAUGGUGGAUAUGGAUAGUACCCGAGUGGUUGACCAAAUUACAACAGUCUGACUGUGUCUAUUUUUUUGCUUUUUUUCACCCUAGGUCUUAUUAAGAGCAAAGAGAUUAUGUUGAUGAAAUGAUGUUGGUUCUCUCUCUCUCUCUCUCUCCCUCUCCUUUGCCCUCCCUCUCUCCUAAUUCUCUCUCUCUCUCUCUCUCUCUCUCUCUCUCUCUCUCUCUCUCUCUCUCUCUCUCUCUCUCUCUCUCUUCUCAUUCUUUCUCUCUCUCUCAUUCUUUCUCUCUCUCUUUCUCUCUCUCAUUCUUUCUCUCUCUCUCACACACACACAUUCUUUCUCUCUCUCUUUCUCUCUCUCUGUCUCUCUCUCAGAAAUAGGUAUAUUCAAAACAGUGGAGGAAAAGGGAAAAUAAGCAUGCCAUGUUUUCUGUCUCCAAAAUAAGCCAAUGUUAUUAGAAAGAAUUAAUACACACACCCCACAUGCACCGACACUCACCAUGCAUGCACAUACACACACAUACACAUACAUGACUUUUAUUCCCUAAAAUAAGAUCUGAUAAGGGAAAAUGCAUUAGGAAGCAGGAUCCUACUAUUUGCCAUAGUUGUUAUUGGGCUGUGACUGAGUCCCACUGAUUGAAAGGUCAACUGUCAAGGCUAGUGUAGUUUAGCUUUACAAACUUUCUGCAGAGCAAUAAUUCAAGUCAGUGAGUCAGCUAUUUGAGAUUCUUAGCCAUUGUGUAUCAUUUUUAUUUUUUCCCUUAAUGAAAAAGUUCAUAAAAGUUUUCCCCAACAAAAAUAAGCUAGAAAUGCCAUAUUCCCUUUGCUAAGUGAGAAAUGUAUUUUACCCCCCAAAAAAUCAUUUGAAGGAAGUAAAUUUAUUUUCUAAAGACUGAUCUACAUCCUUAUCAAUAUUUUAAUGAUUUUGUAUUUGAUCAAUGUACCUUUUUUUUAAAACUGUCUGUCUUCAGCAAGAAUGUUUAGCAGCUUCUUACGAAAGAGGUCCAAUUUCUCAAUGAGCACUUUUCAAGUAACCAUUGACCAGUAAAAACAGUGCAAAAUCCAAAUAUUUAGGCAUUAUGAUGGCAAAAAAAAAAAUACAUUUCUCUGUUUAUGGAGAUUGUUGAGGCUACAUUCACAUUUCAAAGGCACUCCAUUUUGGUGAGGAACAGUCCAACUGCUGAAGUUGUUUAUAGAAGAGUCACUACAGUUCAGUCUAUUAGUCUUAAAAGUGUUGGGGAGGCAGGAGAUGCAUUCCUAAGGAAACUAAGUGAUUACUUGCUAAAACAUCCAACUUAUAGUGCCAACCUACUUUACCUGUAAGGCGUGGCUUGCCUUAACUGUUAGUUUCAAUAUUGUACACAAAAAAAGAGGAAAGACUAUGGACAGGAAGGUGCUUAGCCCAACUAACCCCAGAAAGAGCAAAUGCUAUGGCAUUACAGGGAAGUAAAUGGGCAAGUGAGCUGUAGAAAGCAGCUAGAUAAGUUAUAAACACAAAACUAAUUGAUGGUAUGGAUCCGCUUUCCCUUGGUCUUUUGAACUUUGAUUCCCAUUGCUAGGUGAUAUUCUUUUCCAUCUUGAUGGCCUUUUCCUCAAAUGUCCCUCUUUUAAUAGCAAGAUCUUCCUCUAUGUUGGCAUUCCUGGGUUUUGGUGCAGUUGACCAAUAGCUAGAAGAAUUGUUCAUGAAUCAAGUAAGAAUUAAUCUGAUCAGAAAAUAGCUGUGCUCAUGAAUUGUGAGUGAUUCCCAGGUCCUGUUUUUCCUAGAUUCUUGGAUAAGACUUUUCCAUAAGUUGACAUUCCUGGGUUUUUGUGCUGUUGGCCAAAAGCUGGAUAAAGAAGAAUUAAUGGUUAUGAAUCAAAAUCGGCCUAAUCUAAAUAUAGCUAUACUUAUGGGUGGUUCCUAGGACCUGUUUUUCUUGGACCCUGUAAAAACAAAAGUAGAGCCAAGGAAAGUUUGAGACUAUUGCAAUAGUUCCCUUAUGAAGAUGUAUUCUGAGUGGGUAUACUAGAGACCAAUUUCCAAAUACGUCUUACUUAGCAAACAUUUUAUUUGCUAUUAUAUCAACAGACCAAGCUGCUUACUUUUCUGACAAAGUUUAAAAUGGACAUUUUACCUUCCAUCUUUAUCUUUUUCACUUGGUUCCUUUGGGAUAUUUCUCACCUCCACCACGUCUGUGGGAGAUUUUCUUGAAUUUCAUUUAUAAGAUUUCAGUGACCAUCUCAUAGAAACUUAUGCCCAAGCACUUUUGUAAUUGAGUUGGCCCAAAUGCAUUCAAAAGGGGCCACUUAGUAAAAAUUUCCAGACAGUUCAGGUAAUUUUCAUACAAAAUUAUUUGAUAAAUUCAUCUUCCUGAAUAUGGAACCUCAUACACUUACUAGCUGUAUGAGCCUGGGAAAGUCCCUUAACUCACUGUGCCUCAAUUUCCUUAUCUGUAAAAUGGAGGGGUUCAACUUUAUUACCUCUGAGGUCCCUUCCCACUCUAAAUCUAUGAUCUUCCCCCAACAUGUCUUUUGCCUGUAUAGACACAGUCUAAAGAAAUAAAUAAGUGGAGGCACCUGGGUGGCCCAGUGGAUUGAGAGUCAGGCCUAGAGACAGGAGGUCCUAGGUUCAAAUCUGGCCUCAGACACUUCCCAGCUGUGUGACCCUGGGCAAGUCACUUGACCCCCAUUGCCUAGCCCUUACCACUCUUCUGCCUUGGAACCAAUACACAGUAUUGACUCCAAGAUGAUUCUCUCUAAUGCAAAGCUCAUUCCCUUAGUCCAUUCUACAGACAUACUAAGCAAUAUGCCAUAUAUUUAUGCAUUCUACCAGAAGAUAAUGGGUCUUAAUAUGGGAAAAGAUUUGACCCUAAGAAAAGACAAGUCACAUAAUGGAACUAAGAUCAAUUAUGUCUCCAAAGGGUUUGUAAGAAGUGAGUUUUAUUUAUAAAAACACUGCUAAAGAAGGAGUUAGUUUGAUGGGUUUUUUUAAUCCUACAUUACUGAAUCAUUUUCAGAACAGUAUGUUCAAAAUCAGCAAUUGAUUUAGUGUUGGCAACAUGAAGUAAUGUAGCUAAAAGGACCCCAUAAAACUGAUACAAGAGGCGAACCAAUUAAAUGGAUUUUGUUGAGAAUUAAUCAUUCAAUUUGGUCAACCAAAAUGUCUUCUUAUGGAGCAUUAUUUUAUGACAGAUGUUCAUCUAAUUGUAUUGAGUCUCUGUACCUUUGGGAGUUAUAUAUGGAAAUGAAGGGAAUUUUAAUACUUUUCAACUAUUCUAAUAAUCAUCUAAAUUCAAGACUUAUAAACCUCUAACUGGUAUUUUAGUGGACCUAUAGAAUGCCUCCAUCUAGACCUGGAAAUUUAUGUUCUGAGACUAUUGAAUAGGUUUUAAUUUGUGAAAUGGUUCAGACCCACAAAGAAGCUUUCCUCAACUAUUAUCCAGAAUCACACUCUCACAAAACAAAGAAUACUUUUUAGCUUUCAGUUUGUGAAAUUUUAUGCAUUGAAUUGUUACUUAGAGGGAAGAAAUGGAGUCCUGAAAAUGCUCACAAAAUUUUUAAAGUUCAGAUUCCAAAAGAAAUUCUGCCACUUCAGUUUAACCAAAGAAAUGUAGUAGUUGUUUUUUUGUUUUGGUUUGGUUUGGUUUGGGGGGAAGUUUGCCAAAGAAAAUAUUCGUCUCUUCAAAAACACUUUUCUACUCAGCCAUAUAAAAAGUUUGAUGUUAAAGCCCUUUGUCAAAGGGGGAAAUCAUCAAGGUAAUGGUACCUUGUAGUUAGUUUUGUUAUCUAGUCACACUCAACAGAAGGUACCUUGUGCCCACAGGAGAUUGACGUACCUAGAGGGGAUAGAGGCAGGAAGAAUGCUAGCCAAAAUAGGUCCCAACAAUUCUGGAAGUAGGGUACAACAUUCUCCUAUUUAAAAUGGUCUAUGAAUUUUCCUGGCCAAGAUAAUAACAUAUUACAUUUAGGUUUGGGGGGAUGGGGACAGAAAGAGCUCCUGAGACAUAUUUUCUCCAUUGUUUCAUGUUAAAUAAGUCUGACCAUUAACCUCUGCCAGUCUCCUAUCUUCUCAACUCUCACUCAGAUAUCCUUUGUGUGAGAAACUCAGUGUAUCUGCAAGUGCCAUAUUUCAUAUCCAUUUCUGAAAAAGACAUUUUAUAAUGGUUUAAAUAAAUGAUCCUUUAAAUGGAUUUUUUCAUUUGCUAGACCAUCCUUACAUUUUUCUAGCUAUUACUUAAUUGCCUUAUGGCAAUACUAGGAGCCUCAUAUUACCUUUGACUAUAUUUAAUCCAUUUCUAAUUUAAUUAUGCAGUGUUUCAAGCCCUAAUUGUUUUGAGAUCCUCAUUUAAAGUAUGACUUUGAUGAGCUUUUCAUAAACUAUUCCUACCAAUAGAUGACAUAGCCCUUUUGCUCUCUGACACAAACAGAAAGGAUCUGAUCAUCUUUUUCCCAGUGUAGGUUAAAGUGCUCACUAGCAGAUACUUAUGCAUGUGUGCUGUGUGUUUGUGUGUGUGUGUGUAUGAUUGUAUAUAUGUAUAUGUCCAGAUGUAAUGGCAAGCCUAGUCGUAACAGAGAUAGGAGCCAGGAGACCUGUAAUUUGAAGAAACUCUAUUCAUCCUUAUUCAAUAAUACUGACCCUCAUGACCAAUUAUUUUACCUACAUAGGCACAGUUCUUUAAAUCUUGAAGGGUUUUCCAUCUUCUAGAGGCUCCUUUUACCAUGCAAACAACUUAAUCAAUAGCUUCAAGGAAGACAUAGGUAUGGGACAAAGGAUACGUGUCAGUAUGGGCCAGAGAUUUCAUGGAGGCUUGGCUUAGCAUAGUGGACAAUUGGCAAGCAGUAAUUCACAGCCCUCAUCUGAGGGAAAGACCCCUCAAAAGUUUGUCUUUGAUGUAUAAUAAGUAAAAUAUGCUUUUCUGCUAUUAUUUGAAGAGCACAGAUUUAAGGGAGGGAAGAUCAGAACUUCAAAAUGAUAAUAUAACAUUAAUUCUUCUGGAUCCACAGGAAAAGAAAUCUGAAUGAGAGCAGCCAGCACAUUGCAGCAAUACUCCCUGUGGUGGUUACAACUGUUUUUUUUUCCUAUUUCAUGCCAUUCCAAGAGAAUGAAAGGAGGAAGCCUGAAUGAGCUAGAAUCAUUUCACUGUUGGCAUGAAUGGCCAGUGUCAGAUUUUUCUCCCCAGUUCUUCUCUUACCUGCAUCCCCUUUUCCCCCAGGUGUUCUCUUUGAAGUCCCUUUGAUGUCCCUUCAAGCUCCUUGCUAGUCAGGAAAAGUAUAGCACCAGAGAAUUGCCCUCUGAGAGGAUUUUCUAGUCAGAUUAAAAUUAGCACUGUGAGAGCCAGGAGAAACCUGCCUGGCAUCGAAAACAAGCUUGCUUUACAAGUAUAAAGAAGGAAAGGGACACAACUUUGCCCCUUGCUGACAAGAGUGGCUAUUCCUGUGAAACAUGCCAGCUUCUGCCUCAGUGUUCCAAAUAACAGAAUGACAGAACUGAAGGUGCUCUGAAUGAUCUUUCCCAUUCCUCCCCCUUUUCUUUAGAUGAGAACAGUCAAUGGCUGAGUCAAAACUAGAAUAUAGAUUGUGUUACUGGAGCUCAGGACUAGUAACUGAUUGACCAAGUUUAUACAUUCUUAAGAGUUAAAUUUUCUAGAUAAUUCAUAAGCAUCAAAAAUAACUGUGAUAAACAUUGAAUCCUGAUUUAAGGGUCCUUAUUCUGGCUAAUGAAAUGACUACAUAUAUGUAUGAUAUCAUUGACAAACAUUCAAUUUAACCAGUAUUUAUAGUUUCUAGUGCCUUUAUAUUGGCAAUAUCCACUCUGAUGAUAGAGAGGCCUGAAGAAUUCUCUCACAAAGCCUAUGUCCUGCUGGGUAAUACAGCGGAUCAAUGUAAACAAAAAAAUGAACACAAGAUUAGUUGAAGAGAGUAGGAUACUUACAACAUGAGGAACCAGAAAAGGCUUUCUUAGGGGGUGGCACUUAAACUAAUUCCUGAAGGAAGCCAAAGACUUAAGGUGGAAUUUCCACUAUGGAGAAUAAGCUGUUCAAAGGCAUGGGAGCAGUCGAUGAAGUGAUGAGUUUAGAUGAAGGGACGGGGGCCAAUUUGGCUGGUCCAUGAAGGAGAGUAAUAUGAAAUAAAUCUGAAAUGUAGCCCAAGUUGUUAAGAGCUUUAAAUGUCAAGAUGACAAGUUUGUAUUUUAUCUUAUACACAAUAGGUAGCCACUGAUGCCCCUUGAGGUAGGGAGUUACACUUUAAGUCUUAGAGUCUAAGAUGUGCUGAAAAUGUUUCUCAUUAUUGGUUCUCCCCUUCAAGCCCUGAACCAAAAGAAGAGGUUAUGACUUAAAUUACAGUCUUUAUGUGAGGAGAAGGCUAUAUAAUGCUACAGAUGAUCUCUUCAAUUUAACAUACAGUUUCUCAUAUGGUUUCAUACAGAAACAUACAAUGUACUCAUAACUUUCUUAUCUCCUUUACAGAAAAUAUACUCAGGGUCAUUUACUUCCCCUUGACAAAAACCUAUGAAGAUAUUAUUAGAGUGAGGACAAGUUCCCCCUCCUUAUAUCCCAGGAAAUGGCCUCUUUCUGGGUGGCAUGGUAUUAGUGCAUUUGGACUGAAGAUCAAAUGACAGCAGUGUCAUAUCAUGUCCUAAUCUUGGAAAUCUUCCCAAAGAUAAAGUCCAAUCUCCUUGUCCACAUGUAGGUAUGGAUGCUAAGUAUUCUUGUGUACCUUGAUAACCAGGGUAAUCUUGUUCACAGUAAUCUGCCUUGGCUUGGCUCCAGUUCUUUUAAUGGCAAAUACAAGCCUAGGUGUCUUGUCUUACAGCCACAGUUGUGCUCUAAGUAUCUAGCUUUCUAUCUCAAUCAUGAAAGUGAAAUAGAAAUCAAAUUUUUCAUUGAGUUUGCUUCUCAUAAACUUUCUUACCCUAAGUUACUCUAUAGAGAAUAGUAGGAUGGUGAAAAUACAUACAAGAUUAAACUAAAUACAAAGGCAGUGAGAAUGCCUCCUAGACAAACAAGAUGGUGUAUGCCUCUGAGCUCUGUUAUUGGGGGCAGCUGAGGCCAGUGAAUCACUUGACCUUGAUGGUUCUGAGCUACAAUAGGGCUAAGCCCAUUAAGUAACUAUACAAAAGCCAAACCAAUACAGUGAACCUUGGAAAAUGGGGGAGCUACCAGGCAGUCACCACCCACUAGAGAAGGGUGAAUCAACCUGGAUCAGAAACAAAACAAGCUUCUAUGCCUAUCAGUAGUUGCAUUAGAUAUCUGAGUACUUCCAGCUAGGCCAAGAUAGGGAGACCCAGUAUCUAAAAGAAGAGUAAAGAACGAGACUAAAAAUGACUGCAGUGAGCUAAAAGCCCCAGAGCUUUAAAGAAGAAGGGGGCAAUGCCGGGUAACCAACUCUUCUUCUAGAAUAAAUUCUUUAAGAGCCAAACAUGAAUUUUAGUGGUUAUCAUGGAGAAAUCAACUUUGAAACUUUUAAAAGUUUCACCAGUUCAGAAGGAGGGCAGAAAACCAACAAUUUGGAGGCCUCUUUGCACAAUGCUUAUGAGUUGCUGACUCAAGAUGGCAAUGACUUAGACUCCACCACCUGACUAUCACUAUAUCACUCCUGAGAAACUCCUAAUGGCAUCAUUUCUCAAAAUAGUUUCUUUAAUUUUAAGGUAAAUUUCAAAUAGUAAUGGCAUAGUUUUGCAGAUACCUAAGACAUGUUGAAAAAAUUAUCAAAAGAAAAAAAAAUGACCAACUUUCCCUCCAAUCAUCAAUGUAGUCGAGGUGAUUAUUGGGAGCCUGCAGAUGUAACAGUGCUGCUCAAAACUCUGUUUUCCAUUUUUAUUAAAAUGGCCUGCUAAAUUUGAGGUACAGCUUAAUUCUUUUGAAGAUUUGGCUGGAGGGUCUAUGAUAAUUAUACUAUUGCUAUAAUGAUGUCUUAAAAGACCACUUCCUCAACCUUUUACAGGUUGUUUGCAAGAAGGCACUAAAAAGCAUAUCCUCUUCCCAACCAGUAGGUGUUAAGAUACAGAAAGUUGGCAGUGUUCAGCCAAAAGUAUUAGAAUAGAUCCAUGUAGAUACCAUUAUUUUUUGUUGUUAUUCAGACAUUUGUGAUUCCAUUCAGGGUUUUCUUGGCAGAGACAUAAGAGUGAUUUGCCAUUUCCUUCUCCUCCUCAUUUUACAUAUGAGGAAACUGAGGCAAACAGAGUUAAGUGACCUGUCCAGUCACACAACUAAUAAGUGUCUGAGGCCAUAUUUGAACUCAGAAAGAUGAGUCUUUCUGACUCCAGGUCCUAUAGUCUAUCUACUACGCCACCUAGUGCCCCAUACCAUAGUUACAGGCUGGAAAAUACCAGAGUAAAAGACAUAUCUUGUUCAGAGUUAACCAUACUGCAAACAAAAAUCUUCUUGCCUCGUUAAGUAAAUAGAACUAUUGGAAAUUGCACCAUUGUAUAUUUUCCUAGUUCCCUAUGGGAUAUCAAGCACUUUCUUUACAUCUCCAAGUUACAGUAGCACGGAGCACCAAGUUACCUUUCAACCCUAAAAAUUCUCCCUUAACGUAACAUCAUGAGAAUUUGUCUAGUCUUUUUGUAGGCUGGUAUCCCAUUUUUAAGCUAGCUGUCUACAGAAGUAGCCACAAACCUCAUUCAUCCCUAUCAUGUGUUUGAUAGUAGCACCAAAUAGCUUCUAGCUACCUCAGGAAAAGAACUUAGCAUCCAGGAAAGCAAGGAAAUUGAAAAAAAAUCAUUCUGAAGGAAAAUCUACCCAAGUAAACCACAAAAGCACACAAGUGAAAGAUGAGGCUAAAAAGAUAGUGAAUAUAUUUGGAGAGUCACAUAAGAGAGGGUUAAUAGGAUUUAAAUCCAAUUUUGUAUGAACUAAAAAAAAAACAUUUUGAAUUAUUGGCCUAUAAUCGCACUUUAGAAAUUUGUUCAUUUCCAGAAACAUCCAGGCUCUGUUCCUAUUGUGUAUGAUCCCAUAGUUCAGCUGCCAAUCAUUGACUAUGAAUUUAUAACCCCAGUUAGAAGCAGGGAUCAGUCUUAAUGACUGCCAGGACCAAACCAGGCAAUGUUCACUCUUAAGUUCUGAAAGUUUUGGGCCAAAUUCAUUCCUAUCAACAAACAAAUAUUUCAAAACUUCAAAAAGUAUUCUUAGCCAGUAAUUUAUUUUAUUCUUUAAAACCCUCCUGUUGCUAGUACUUAUAAUUCUUAAGAGGAAGGAAUGAAAUAAGUAUUUGUUUAGUAACUACAUUGUGGCAGGCACUUUGCUAAGAGCUUUUUACCAAUAUUAAGCAGACUAUAAGUUUCUUGAGAACAAGAACUAUAUUAUUUUUGUCUUUGUGUUAUUAGCCUAGAAUCAGACCUGACAGAUUGAAGGGGUUUAAUAAAUCAUUGUUAAAUCAAAUUACUAGUUAGCCUUUGAAAUGAUGCUUUCCUCCUCAAUUUUCAAGGGGAAGAAAAUGAAAAGAAGUACACAUACUCCUUCAAAAUCAUGGUAUUGAACUUUGCCCUAUGUAAAUAAGAGUUUGAAACCUAAAAAUGCUAUUUCUCCUUCCUUACUGUAAUCUAUAUUGAAAGGAGUACCUACAUUUUCUUUUUUUAUGUACAAUAUUUUGCUGUCACCAUGAUGUAUAUUUAAUAAAUCCUAAGACAACAGAGUUUGUUGAUAGUAAGGUAAACAAUAUGGUAGUGUUCAAAAUUUUAUCAUUUCUUUUCCUAGUACAGACUUGAUAUCAUCCACAUAUACCAGUAAUUUAUUUAUUUUUUAAUCCUUACCUUCCAUCUUAGGAUCAAUACUGGGUAUUGGUUCCAAGACAGAAGAGCAGUAAGGGCUAGGCAAUAAAGGUUAAGUGACUUGCCCAGGGUCACAUAGCUAGGAAGUGUCUGAGACCAUAUUUGAACCCAGGACCUCCCAUCUCUGAGCCUGGCUCUCAAUCCACUGAGCCACCAAGCUGCCCCUCACAUAUACCAGUAGUGGAUUCCUAUUCACUAAGAAAAUAAAGGAGACAGGGAGCUGUAAAUUAUGAAUGGAAUUGCGCAUAGCAGGGUAGGCAGUGAGUUCAGCCCAACAAAUUUCAGUACAAAGAAUGCAGCAACUAACUGCAAAGGAAUUCAAACCACUCGUUCUAUUGGCAAUAGGUUAACCAUGAAACUUUAAUGGGUAUAAAAGGGUAUGUGCUUAAGGGGAAUUGAAAGAAAACUUGAUGAAACAAUUUCUACAAUGAGUUAAAACCUCACGAUGGAAAGAAAUCUAAAGGCCUAAUUAGGUCAUCAUAAAACAAAUUACAGUUAACACUUGAAAGAGAACUGGAUAUCAACUUUACAAUAAAAGUAUACAAGUUUGUAGGGGAAAUAGUAAUAUUGAAAUCAUCACCCCAAAACUAGAUAUUUUGUACCAGUUAAUCUUACUAUUUUCCUAAAUAUCUAUACCCUUUAAUUGAACACACCUACAAAUGUAUGGCAGAAUCUUACUGGUGACUCUUAUUAUUGUCUGUUGUUGUGGUGGUUGUUGUCAUUCAGUCAUGUCUGACUCUUGUUGGCCCUGUGGACCAUAGCAUACCAGACUUUUCUAUCUUCCACUAUCUCUGAAAGUCUUAAGUUCAUGUUCAUUCUUUCCAUGACACUCUAUCCUCAGCCAUCUCCUUCUUUUGCCUCCAAUCUUUCCCAACCUCAAAGUCUUUCCAAAUGAGUCCUGACUUUUCAUCAUGUGGCCAGUAUUGACUGAUUUGAUCUCCUUGAUGAUGAAAGGACUCUUAAAAGUCUUCUUCAAUGUCACAAUUUUAGAAAGCGCUGAUUCUGUGGAAGUCAGCUUUCCUUAUAGUCCAAUUCUCACAGCCAUACAUUACUACAAAAAAAAAAAACAA